UAAAGAUAAUAGCGAAUGAGAAUGAUGUGGCAUUUAUUGGUUAGCAACUUAACCGAAAAGCACGAGAAGAAUGAGCCACAGAAUUACACAAAGGGCCAUCUGUCAUCUCAUUCAUAUUACCGUCUUUUGUUUUCUUUGAACACAACAGCUCAGCUUCUCUGUCGGCAUCUGUUCACCAGAGGAAACACAAACAUUAACAAAAUAUUAUUGAUUUCCUUUGGGUUCAUCAAAACCGGUGAUAUCAGCAGAAUGGCUAAAAGCAGCUUCAAAAUUGAGCACGAAUUUGAGAAAAGGCGUGCGGAGGCUGCAAGAAUCAGGGAAAAGUACCCAGAUAGAAUUCCUGUGAUUGUGGAGAAGGCGGAGAGAAGCGACAUACCUACCAUUGACAAGAAGAAAUACUUAGUUCCGGCUGACCUGACGGUGGGUCAGUUUGUGUAUGUGAUUCGGAAAAGAAUUAGACUGAGUGCUGAAAAGGCUAUCUUUAUUUUUGUUGACAAUGUCCUCCCCCCAACAGGAGCAAUAAUGUCUACCAUCUAUGAUGAAAAGAAAGAUGAAGAUGGGUUUCUGUAUGUUACAUACAGUGGGGAAAAUACAUUUGGAAGCAGCUGAGUUGAUGCAGUGACUUUAUUUACAUGUUAAUGUUGUGCUUCAAUUAAAUAACAUUUGUGGCUUUAUGUCUAACAUGUGACCUUUCAGGCUUUUACUGGUAUAGUUUCUCUGUAUAUAGAUAUUCUCAGCCGUCUAAAAUAUUAGACCAAUGGUCAAUUUGAAAUUAAUUGAA